UGACGAAAUCCAGUAGUAGAUUACAUCAUGACUAUCAUGAUGUAAUCGCCAUGUUCAGGAGGGUAAACGUCAUGACUGCCAUGAUGCAAUCGGUCUUUUUACUACAUUGAAAAAGGAACUCAUUGUGCAAUUCGCCACUCCACCAACAAGCCAACCGAGCCAAGAAACCUACCGAACAAUGACCGUGUCGUCUAAUUACUCGACUUACAAGCACAAUGUCUCGUGGGAAGAGGAUCACGCCUACGUGCAGGUCAUGCGCGUGGGUGAGACUGCGUACUUCUCCGGACAGUUAGCUCACGAAGGCGAGAAGCCCGUGGGUGAAGGAGACUUCGGCGCGCAAUGCGACGCCACGUUCGUGAAUCUUGACAAGUGUUUGGCAGAGAUUGGCGCCUCGCGCAACCAGGUCGUACAUUCGGAGGUGCUGGUGGUCGAUUUGGCCAAGAACAUGGAAGUUAUGGGGACCAAACACAAGCAAUUCUUUGGCUCUCAUCGCCCAGCGUGCACGGUGUGGGGCGUCACGGAACUCUAUCUGCCGUAUCAGCUGGUGGAAAUCAAGCUCACGGUUCGUCUGGAUCUGCUCGAGGACCACAAGACCAUCAUGAAUGGCAUGCCCUGGGAGGAGGAGUUUGGCUACGGACAGAUUGUGGCGUGUGGCUCGACGGUAGAAGUGUCGGGCCAGUUUGACUACAAUGACGAAGGCAAGCCGACGGGUGGCGACGACUUUGACGCACAGUGUGAGCAGGCCUUCAAGAACGUUGACAAGCGUCUGGCGGAAAUUGGCGCCUCGCGCAACCAGAUCGUCCAUACGGAGGUGAUGAUUGUCAAUAUUCGCGACAACAUGGAGAAGUUUAACGCCGCGCACAAGAAGUUCUUCGGAUCACAUCGCCCUGCCAGCACGAACUGGGGUGUGGUUAGACUGGGCAUGCCGCACAUGCUGGUGGAGAUCAAGUUCACCGUCCGCCUAGACGUGCCUCCGACCCCGAAGACGUUUUCGCACGGUUUACCAUGGGAGGAUGCUCACAACUACAACCAAGUGAUCGUUGCUGGCGAUACGGCAUGGAUCUCGGGUCAGUUCGCCCAUGACGGUGAAGGAAAUCCGAUUGGUGAAGGUGACUUCAAGAAGCAAUGCGAGGCAACGUUUGCCAACCUGGACAAGUGCCUCGCGGCUAUCGGAGCAACACGCAGCCAAAUUGUGAGUGAAAAUACUUUGGCUGUGGGUCUCAGCGAGAAUGUCGAAAAGCUGGCUGCUGCGCACAAGAAAUACUUUGGUGAGUGCCCACCAGCGAGCACGACCUGGGGCGUCACAGGCCUCGGAUUGCCCUACAUGAUGGUGGAGAUCAGUGCCAUCGUGCGUUUUGACGCUCCUAAGAAGGCGUAAGGCAGACUCGUAAGGACGAAGACAUGAUGAGGUACUUGCGGUUGGAGGUUGAUAAAAUCUUUUGGUGUAUUAACAACUGAAACAUGUUAACUUCUACAUGUAUGAUGUCACUUUAACUGGUCAUUAGUAUCUUAGCAAGAGCAGCGUAUAUACUAUCAGUAACUUCACAAAAAGAGUCUACUACUUUUUAUG